AUGCUACCUCAAUAUUCACCCACCGAGGGCGUGAAGCGCCUCGAUCUCUGCGGCUCGCAGUGUUCUUUCGCACCCGUCAAAAUGGUAGCUCACCUUUGCUUCAGCGACAGUGUUAUUGCAGUAAGAUAUGCCCCAGAGUCAAGCACCUAUCGAAAUGUGGGGCGCAUUCAAGCUUCAGUCCAGGAGCUGAGCCGUGGAAGGUUCUUCCUCGCUCUGAGUAGCUUAACGCACUUGCAUUUUCUUCAGCAACUCUCCUUCAAUUGGACAGCCGUCCCUAUACCGCAUAGUACGACAGGCGUGGUGAUAUCAAGAAAUGGCAGUGUAGGGUUAGAUACAUGGCCGACAUUGGAGAAGUGGUCCGUAACAUUCCAGUCCCCGCACAGCCGUGAAAGCUUCUGUCGAAUCAUAUCAGAAGGAGGCUGCGAGCUCCAUCAACGCUCUGAAACAAACUUAGAGUUAGAACGGGACGAGGAGGAAGCAAGCUCGGUCUCUGAGCUUGACGAUGGUGGAUGGACUAUCCCAGCUGCAGUCCAAGAAAAGACAGGGAAGGGACGGCUUGCGAGCUCUCCACACAUCAAUGACGCAUUGAGGGGACAUUCAAGGCGCGAGAAACCUGGAGAACCUGAGGCCAUAUGGUGGAAGAGGCAUGUCGUCCCAUAUACCACAGCGGCAGUUCCAAGCUUCUCCGCAGAGGCGAGAAUGCAUGGCCGGGUAUCAUACGGCAAACCUGAGUGCGGACGAGAGGACGCGAUGCCCAAGCAACGCAUACUCGGCCAGUCCCAGGAGAAAUUUGGAGGACUGCUCAUCUGCAGAAAUAAGGUCAAGGGCAGACAGCAACUCCCGCUCCGACAGUGGGAAGCUCGUCAAGGUGGGAACUUUCUGAGCCUCGUUGACGAGAGGGACAGUGUUGGUAGCAUUGCGGCCGUGAGGCGGCUUCACAACGGCUCUACAAAGCGAGACCAGAUAGUGGCGACUCGGCCUGGAUUAGAGUCUCCGGAUCUCUUGGUCAUAGAAAUAAGAUGGUGUAGGCCACCACUCCAUCGUUUACGAGUUCGGUCUGAGAUGGAAACGAACCACUCUGAGACUUCAGCAAUUAUCCGCCGCUUGACCAUUCAUCUUCGACCGGGCAUCGUCAUAGAACCGGCGGAAUGCGAAAAGGUUGGGAUCUUCAGAGAAGUGCGGAACUUCGUGAACUGCUUCAUCGGCGCCUUUGCGUACUUAGACUCGUUGAUGAAGCAGCGGAACGCAGCUCUGGCAACUUCACCGGUCCAAAACUCAACGUGGAUCGUUCCUGAAGGUAGCGCGAGGCCAGAACUAGAAGCGGGUCUGCAAACGGCUGGUUUACGGGAGAGACUGGCUGGGAUAUGUGAUAGAGAUAUGCUAGUGGUGACGCGCAAUCGUUAUAUGGGUUUCGUCAUAGACGGGAUUCCAGCGCGCAGGAGACAAGUUGCCAUCAAAGAUAGACAUCUUCCCGAGAGACGUGAAGGAAGCUGGGCAACCCAGAAUAUCAUAGCUUCAGAGCGAUCACAAAAGUCUUGGAUAAUGGGUUUUGUAAGCAACGGCGGGGGUAUAAACUCGGAUGAUGUCGGAUACCAUUGCCUAACUGAGCAGACAUGUUGGAUCCAGCUGGCCAGCUGA